CACUGAGCUUUGGUCCGUAUUAUCCGGAAAAUCUCCAUUGUCGAGCUCGGGUCCUCUCCAGUCCUUCCAUGGCGGCCUCUGCUUCCCCCCACCUCUAUUCUCCUCUCCUUUCCCACAAGACUCACAGACUCGUCCCCUUUCACCUCCCUGUGCCACACAUUUUCACGCGACAGUGUCACCGGUGCGGUGUCUCGGCCCCCUUUUCCCGCCAAAACGCCAACCACCUCAGGAAGGUGCAAUUUCGACCGCCGAUGGCAAUGGCUGAAGCGCCUUCGAACAGAGAGCCCAUGGUUCCUCCGUACAACGUCCUCAUCACCGGUUCUACAAAGGGCAUCGGCCAUGCAUUGGCGAAGGAGUUUCUGAAAGCAGGAGACAAUGUGCUGAUCUGUUCAAGAUCCGCGGAGCGCAUGGAAUCUGCUGUUCAGGUUCUAAGAGAUGAAUUUGGAGAGCACCGUGUGUGGGGUACAAAGUGCGAUGUUAGCAAAGGCCAGGAUGUGAAGAAUUUAGUAGCAUUUGCGCAGGAGAAGAUGAAGCACAUAGAUAUAUGGAUUAAUAAUGCAGGAUCAAAUGCAUAUAGCUAUAAACCACUGGCAGAAGCUUCAGAUGACGACCUAUUAGAAGUUGUUUCUACUAAUACCCUUGGAUUGAUGCUGUGCUGUCGAGAGGCAAUUAAUAUGAUGCUGAAACAACCACGAGGCGGCCAUAUCUUCAACAUGGAUGGUGCUGGCUCAGAUGGAAGACCAACACCCAGGUUUGCUGCAUAUGGAGCUACUAAAAGAAGCGUGGUACAUUUGACGAAAUCCUUACAGGCAGAGCUGCAGAUGCAAGACCUGAAAAAUGUUCUUGUACAUAAUCUCUCACCGGGAAUGGUCACCACUGAUCUUCUCAUGUCUGGUGCUACCACGAAGCAGGCAAAGUUUUUCAUCAAUAUUCUGGCGGAACCACCUGAAGUGGUCGCUGAAUACCUUGUCCCGAGCAUCCGAUCUACACUGAGCAAUGGAUCGCAAAAACCAACUUAUAUCCGUUUCCUCACUGGGAUCAAAGCCUACACCCAGAUUUUUUCAGAGAAUUGCUUUUGGAGCACGAAGAAAUCGUUAUUUGCUCGAAGACUGAAAGGCAUCAAUGUGGUUUUCAGACCGAUUCUUUAGAAUCUCCAGCAGCACUUGUAUUAUGGCCAUUCCAUUUUGUAGUUAUCAUGGAUAUUCUGUGUUAUGGACUGGAACAUUGCAUCUUUCUUCUGAGGCAUAUUGAACAUUUUCUAUUCAUAUCGUCGGAAAAAUUGUGACGAAGGAAGAGGAAAUUCAUCACAUGGAUGAAGAGAAUAACAAAAGAAACAAUACUUGUAUUGUAGAAGUAUCAACUAUAAUUUUAAAUUC